AUGCAGUCGAGGAAAAAGGGAACAAAGUUUAGAAAUAAUGAGAGUACCAAGCCCCUUCGUUUGCCUACAAAAGGCUCUCUUCCUCUCCCCCAAAUAUUACCCUACCCUAGCCUCUAGGAAAUCGAACAUCCCUGAGGUUUAGCGGUGGAGCUACAAAUGGCGUCUGCUCUUACGGUAAUGUUCUUGGGCUUCUUUUUGUGGCCUUCUGUCACCAACGCAGCGGCUCCUAGGAAGCCCAUCGAUGUGCCAUUUCAGAAAAACUACGUGCCAACCUGGGCUCAAGAGCAUAUCAAGUAUAUCAAUGGAGGCACUGAGGUGCAACUCGUGCUAGACAAAUCCACAGGUACUGGUUUCCAGUCUAGGGGCUCAUACUUAUUUGGUCAUUUCAGUAUGCAAAUGAAGUUGGUCCCAGGGGAUUCGGCAGGAACAGUUACUGCCUUCUAUCUCUCUUCUCAAAACUCGGAGCACGACGAGAUAGAUUUCGAGUUCCUUGGCAACAGAAGCAAUCAACCUUAUAUAUUGCAGACCAAUGUUUUCACUGGUGGCAAGGGAAACAGAGAACAGAGGAUCUACCUCUGGUUUGAUCCCACACGAGAAUACCAUUCCUACUCUGUUCUCUGGAACAUGUACCAAGUAGUUUUCUUUGUAGAUGACGUUCCCAUCAGGGUGUUCAAGAACAGCAAGGAUCUGGGAGUGAGGUUCCCCUUCAACCAACCGAUGAAGAUAUACUCCAGCCUCUGGAAUGCAGAUGAUUGGGCGACCAGAGGGGGGCUGGAGAAAACAGAUUGGAACAAGGCGCCAUUUGUGGCAUCCUACAGGAGCUUCCACAUUGAUGGUUGCGAGGCGUCCGUGAACGAGAAGGUGUGCGCCACACAGGGCCGCAGGUGGUGGGACCAGCAAGAGUUUCGGGAUCUCGACGGCCUGCAGUAUAGAAGGCUACGCUGGGUUAGACAGAAAUACACAAUCUACAAUUACUGUGCAGACAGAGCCCGGAUUCCUACAAUGCCACCAGAGUGCGCCAGGGAUAGAGAUGUCUGACUUGUUCAUGUCCUCUGAUUCUGUGCAGGAUAUGUAUCAUCUUGGUCUGCGGGGUUCCCAGUGCUUUUCUAACUAGUGUUGUAUGGAUUGUUGGUUGGGGACAUGAUGCUGUUUGCUACGGAUCGAUUCAUAGGCAUUGUUAUGGAUUAAUGGGCAUUGGGUGGGGGCCUUUUGGGUAAAGCGAAUGUGGUUUUUAGGAUGUCAAUAAAUGCUCUCCGUUGUCGCCUUUACUA